GCCGCCCUGAAUGGAACACCAGACACCCCCAAUACACCCGACGAUGAGAUGGAAGAGGCCCCCCCUCGCAGUGUCAAGGACAAGGCAAACUUUUUACAGCGGUUACAGCGGCAAAUGUCCAAUCCCAAUAAUAAAAACCCCACCUCAUCUAAUAGUGUAGGCAAGAAACCAGGCAGUCCGGGUUUGAGUCCAAAGCCGUCGCAAACGUCUAAGUUCACGUAUUCAGAUCCACAACGAGACGCACGCAUGGCCAUGGCCGCGGCAAUGACCGGACGUACUAUGGAAGACAUGCUGGGCUUCGAGAAGAAACGCGAAGUGCAGCCGGUGGAGUCUGAAGAGGAAGAGGCUGGCGACGACGCGGAGGUCCCAGACAACGGCACAGACGAUGACACCGCCGAAACCGCUGAGACCGGUCCAGCUGCUGCGGCGGCGGCGGGCGAAGAGGAAGCGGACGAUGACUCAUCCGACAACGAAGAGGAAACAAACGAAGUUGAGAGAACGCCCACAGAGACACAGUCCCAACCGCCAGCACGACCAGCCGAGGCUCCUCGCAGUGCCGGACGGCCUAAGAGCGUCGUCCUGGCCCUAGACGCAACCGACACCGAAGCACCAGCAGAACCUUCCGCAAACACCGCAACUAGUUCAACAACCAGUCCAGAGGAUAGUCUCCCGAGCUCAACAGAGCACACAGUGCCUGUGGGGGACAGUGCAAGCCAGGGGACUGAGAGCGAGACACCUGCGGAUAGUACUGCGCAUGUGGACCUGUAUGAGGAGAAGGAUGUCAUAGCCACACACCCCGGCCAUGAGAGGGCACCCCCACAUGCACAGGCACAGGCAGAGGAUAAUUCAGAUGCUUCAUUACAGACUCCCGUCCCAGAUAUUUUAAUGUACCAGAGUGAAUUAAAGUUGCACCGAUGCCUAGCCAGGGAAAAGUUAGGUUUGGAGCUGUUUGACAUGCUCAAAUUGAGUGGUGAGACGGAUAACAACAAAUCAGCGACAAAGCAAUUUGCGACUCUGAAAACCAAGUUGGCGAAAUGUCAUAAGUCGCACUCUGACAAAUUUACAAAGACGAAGAAAACUUGGACCACACAAUACCACAAAACCGAAGCGAGUCUAACACACAAAGGAAUGCUAUCACGAAUGAGUCAUGCUAAAGACGUGAGUCAUGCGGACGUGAAAGCCCAACAAGCAAUGGAGAAGGACAGUGAACUGUGUAGUGAAUUCGAUGCCAUGCGCCAGAACGCUCACCUGGCUGUGUUCUCGGACGAAGGCGCAUACUACCGAGAGUUGGAGAGUAUUGAGGAGAAGGCGAUUACUGAUAUGAGUCAGGAC